AUGACAAAAGCACAAAAUACAGAAAAAAAAAAAGAAAACGACAAAUAUUUCCUUGGUUUUGAUUUGUCAACCCAACAAAUUAAAGCUUUAAUUAUCAACCAGUCUUUGAAAAUAAUUCAUAGCGAAAAGGUUGAGUUUUCAAAAGAUCUGCCUCAGUAUGAAACAACAAAAGGGGUGUACAUUGAUGGUAGUAGUAUAUUUGCACCUGUGGCCAUGUGGCUAGACGCAAUUGAUUUAUUAAUGAGUAAGUUAAUAUCUAACAAGGAAUCAGUAGAUGUUUCCAAGAUUGUUGCUAUAUCGGGCAGCUGCCAACAACACGGAUCUGUAUAUUGGAAUUCUCAAGGUGAUUUGCUAUUGAGACAUUUAGAUCCAAAUAAAAAACUCAGUGAACAAUUGUCUGGAGCUUUGGCCUAUGAUAUGUCGCCCAACUGGCAAGAUCAUAGCACUGAGAAACAAUGCGAUGAAUUUAACAACAAAUUAGAUGGGAAAAUGAAGGAGUUGGCAAGAGUUACCGGUAGUAGAGCUCAUUUUAGAUUUACUGGGCCCCAAAUUGCUAAAAUUGCCGAAAAAACACCUAAAAUUUAUGAAAAAACGAGUAAGAUCCAGUUAGUUUCUAAUUUCUUAUGUAGUAUAUUGGUUGGUAGAUUGGUUCCAUUGGAGGAAGCCGAUUGUUGUGGUAUGAAUUUAUAUGACAUAGAAAAAAGACAAUUCAAUAGCAAAUUAUUAGAAAUUAUCGAGCCGAAUAAUGUGUUGAACGUUAGAUCUAAAUUGAACGGCGAACCUUGGCCAUUUGCUGGUGAGUCAUUACCUACAGGAUUGAUUAAUUCAUACUUUCAAUUGAAAUAUGGGUUUGACCCUGCUUGUGAAAUAUAUCCAUUUACUGGAGAUAAUUUAGCCACUAUAUUAUCUUUGCCGUUGAGCAAGAAUGAUGUUUUAAUAUCUUUAGGGACAAGUACAACGGUUUUGGUUGUUACUGACAACUACCAUCCAUCACCCAAUUACCAUUUAUUUAUCCAUCCAACCAUUCCAAAUCAUUAUAUGGGCAUGAUUUGCUACUGCAAUGGCUCUUUAGCGAGAGAAAAAAUUAGAGAUAUAGUGAAUGAUGGCAAUGGUAACAGUUGGGAUAAAUUCGAUGAAAUAUUAUCCUCAUCUAGCAACAAAUCAACAGUGGAUGAAAUGGCUGUUUAUUUCCCCUUGGAUGAGAUCGUACCAAGUGUUAGCAAAGCAAUAAAGAGAUGUAAAUUUGAUGUUGAGACGGGGAAAAUUUUAAAAUUUGUGGAUAGCUUUGGAAACAUUGCCGAUGAUGUUAAGCUUAUUGUAGAAUCACAAGCAUUGAGUUGCAGAGUGAGAAUUACACCAUUAUUAAGUAGUAAUAGUGUGGAAGAUAGUGGUACUGGAAUUAAAUUUGAUUAUGACAAGUUACCAAUGUCUUCAUUCAUUAAAAAUAAGCCGAAACGUUGUUUUUUCGUUGGGGGUGGUAGUAAAAACACAGCAAUUGUUAGUAAAUUUGCAAAAAUAUUGGGUGCACCUUCAGACUGUAAUUACAGGUUAGAGACGCCAAAUUCAUGUGCACUAGGCGGAUGUUAUAAGGCUAUGUGGUCAUAUGAACACCAGAGGGACGCGGAAGGUACUGGAUCUUUUGAUCAGUUCUUAAGUUCAAAGUUUAAUUGGGAAACAGAUUUAGAAAGAGUUGAGGUAAGUGGUGAAGAUGAGGAGUAUAUUUUAAGUAAGAUCAAACCAUUGAGUGAAUUGGAACAAAGUUUAUAA